AUAUUCUCCAUCUCACAAUUGCACAACUGACCAAUUCACUCACCCCCACUUCUCACCACCACUCGCCACCCCAUGCCACCCCCCAUCGCACUCAUCUACGGCGCGGGCCCCGGUACAGGCGCAGCGAUUGCCCGCGCCCUGGCACCCACCCACGCCCUGCUCCUCAUGUCGCGCUCGCUGCCGCAGUCCAUCUCCCGCCUCGCUCUGGACGACCUGCCUCAAGACAGGGUGUAUGCGCACAAGUACACGGGCGCCGCGUCUUUCGGCGAGGCUAUCAAGGCUGCCCAGGAGCGCUGGCCCGGCGCACAGGUCAAGGUUGGCGUUUGCCAUGCCGGCGUGCCCUUCCAGCCGGGGCCGUUCCUCAACAAGAGCACCGAGGACUUUAAGGAGUGUCUUGACAGCGCCGUCCAGGCAUGGGACUUUUCGCAGGCCGUCAUCCCCGCCCUCCUCGCCGCAAACGGGGGCACGCUCAUCAUCACCGGUGCGACAAUGUCGCGGCGCGCUGGCGCAAACUUUGCCGCGAUGGCCGGCGCGUCCUUUGCCCGCCGCGCACUCGCCCAGUCCCUCGCCAAAGAGUUUGGCGCGCAGGGCGUGCAUGUCGCGCAUGUGGUCGUCGACGGCCUCAUUGCUACAGCGCAUGUCGACGGCAUGAUGGGCAAGGCGGAGCCGGGGUCCCGCCUCGAGCCCUCUGAUAUUGCCGAGGUGUAUCUUGACAUUAUCAAGCAGAAGCCGAGCGCGUGGACACAGGAACUGGAUAUCCGGCCAUCCAAGGAAAAGUGGUAGCCACGGGAGGGAACAGACUAUGGGAUGCAUCUCUGUGCUAGGUGGCUAGGUGGGUGGUGGCCGGCGGCCAUGUCUACCCAAAGUAAAGCAUCCCUUUGGUCUUGAUAUGCAUCGGUGAGCUCGCGAACCUUUCCGGCCCCACGGCCGCCACGAGCUCCUUAGUCUUUCG